UUUUGUCAAAUUGGGAAGUCAUAAAUUCGACUUUCGUUUUCUUCUCCACUUUCUCUCUCUUCUCUCUUCCAAUAGCGCGUCGCGUCGCUCUUGCCGUUCGCUAGGGUUCUUCGAUUCGAUACUGUGUGGAGUGUGGGCCGCCGCCGCUUCCGCUGCUGCUACUGCUUGGUCGACGAGGAGCCGAAUUGUAUUGGAGCUAGCUCGCCGGGGUUGGUGUGGUUCGCUGGUUCGGCGGCUGCGCCUUUUCGAUUUAGGGUUUCGUGUUCUUGGUUUUCAGAAGGGGUGGGAGUUUUUAGGGUUCGAUUUGGCUGAGACGUGAUCCUUUGUUGAAGUUUGAACUCGAAGCUUGGCUCUCGCGGUGGAGGUUUUGUGUUGGGAGGGAAUAUAAGUAGAGCAAGAGACAGUUUCUGGUAAUUGAAUUUUGGUUCUCGUUGAUUGAAUUCGAGCUAUUGGUUCCUCUUCGCUGAAAGCUUAUAAAGGGGUUUGCUUUCUCUCCCUUUUGCGCUUUUCCGGUGAAUUUUACUGCUCGAAUUCACUUUACUGCUCAAAUUCACAUUCAAGCUUUUCAAAGGUUUUCGUUGAUUUGAAGCUUAUUGCCCUCUUCUUCUAGGUCAAUUUUCUUCAUGGAUUCGCCUGUUAUUUCUCAAAAUUGGUACUUGUGGUGUUCUGAUUCUUUUGUUUUGUUUUUCUCUUGUGUAGCGUUUCAAAUUUUAAGUGUUCAUAAUGAUUUUUAUCGGGCAGGAAACUGGUUUUGUUCCUUUUAUAUUUUCCAAUGUGUUUUUACUUGUAAGAACGAAUUUUUCGACUUUGGUCUGAUGAAAUGGAACCUUUUAAUUGAGUGAACCUGAGGAUACCCUUUAUUACACAUGACUUAUUCAUGCAGAAGGCAUUUGUCGAGUGGAUAGGAUGGGGAAAAGUGAAAAUUUCCGUGAUGCUUACUACCGCAGCAGCUCAUUUGGGGCAGCUGGUGCUUUUGAGAGAUCAGCAAGUUCUGGACAAAUUGAUAUGGAGAUUACUGCAUCUGCAAAUUCUAGUGCUCCAGUUAGGAAAUUCUUGAAUCUGAAUUCCAGUAAAAGGGAUACUUUUGGGGUCCCUACACAAGUCCUGUCUCCUGCCCAAAUGUCUCCAUUGGAAAGAAGAGAUAUUAUCCGAAGAUUGAGAUCUGAGCUUGAACUCGUUCGGGAUGUCCAGAAGAACAUUGUAGUGGAGAGAGGUGUUGGAAAUGUCUCUUCAUCUAACCAUGUUGUGAAUGGUACCAGUAGACCAAAUGGGGCUGUAGCAGGAAAUUCCAAGAAUUCCUCAAUUGUUUCUUCUGGAGCGGGGAAUAAGGGAAGUGCCAUGGGAAAGCUGAAGCCACAGCCUGUGAAAGCACAUGCAACACAAAAUCCUGGAAACUUAAUCUUGAUCAGACAGUGUGUGAAUUUGUUGCAACGUUUGAUGUCUCAUCAGUUUGCUUAUGUCUUCAAUAUUCCUGUGGAUGUUGUCAAGUUGAACAUCCCUGAUUACUUCACUAUUGUCAAGCAUCCUAUGGACUUGGGAACAAUUAAGAGCAGACUUAUGUCAGGCUUGUACUCAAGCCCAUUGGAAUUCGCCGAAGAUGUCAGGCUGACAUUCAGCAAUGCUAUGCUGUACAAUCCAAAGGGGAACGAUGUUCAUCUCAUGGCUGAGAGCCUUAAAAAGUUUUUUGAAGUGAGAUGGAAAGCCAUUGAGAGAAAGUUGCCGAAGAAGGUGCCCAAACCUCAGCCAGAAAAUUCAGCUCAUCGCAAUGAUUUCGAUGCUGCUCAAAUGCAAUCUAUUAAGAAGAGAAAACUAAGCCCAUCCAAGCAUGAAGCUAUUGUGGAACCAGUGGAGCGGUUAGUUUCCGCGGAUGAGAUAGCCAAAUUGGGCUCAGAGCUUGAGUCAUUGUUGCCUGAAAUGCCUAUGCAUAUCAUUGAUUUCUUGAGAGAGCACAGCAAUGGUGGACAAGAUGCUGGUUUAGAUGAAAUAGAGAUAGACAUUGAUAAACUCAGCGAUGACACAUUACUCGCUCUGAGGAAACUCUUAGAUAAUCAUUCCAAAGAGAAGACAGAGAAGCAAGCUAGAGUGGAGCCUUCCGAAAUUGAGCUAUUGAAUGUCUCAGGCCCAAGCAAUUCAUCCUUGCAACAGCAAAGAGGUAAUGACCUAGCAGAUGAAGAUGUUGAUAUUGGUGAGAAUGAGCCUCCUGUGUCUAGCUAUCCUCCUGUGGAGAUAGCGAGUGAUAUAGGCCGCGAGAGCAACAGAGUUAUGAGUUCAGGGAGCUCUAGGGAUUCUGGCGGUUCUUCUGAAGUUGAAUCUGAUCAUGUGAAACCUUCAAGUCGAUCACCUGUGUCUAAGGUUCCGGAUGAUAUGGUUCUUGGAGGUCAAGCUGAUGAGAAGAAAAUUGGUGAUCAUCCCCUGGAUAGAAAUCAAACCUGUUUAGCAGAAUCUGACAGUGGGUUAGAUCAGUUGGAGGAGAACUCUGAAGAAAAGCCUGGGUCAGAUUAUUCGGAUGGUCAUCAAGAUGGUAAGGAUGAGGGAGAAAGUGCCCCUAGUGGGAGUCAGGAGUUCCCUCAUAAGGAUUAUAGGGCGGCUAUGAUCAGAAACCGUUUCUCUGACAUGAUACUGAAAGCUAGAGAAGAGAAGACCCUCUUACAGGUUGACAAGGUGGAUCCAGACAAGCUGCAGAAGGAAAGGGAGAAACUAGAGUUGCAGAAAAAGAAAGGUUCCUGCGUUCGAUCUUUGAUAUUUGUUUCUGUAGUCAAUAAAGCUAUUGGUUAUACAUUGUUGGUUAAUAAUUUUUUGGAUGACAUAUGGAAUGUUGGAGUUCCAGAGAAAGCGAGGUUACAAGCUGAAGCAAAGGCUGCCGAAGAUGCACGGAAGCAAGCCGAGGCAGCUGCAGCAGCCGAGGCCAGACGGCUGUUGGAGGUUGAAAGAGAAGCAGCACGUCAGGCGCUGCUCAAGGUUGAGAGAACUGUUGAAAUCAACGAGAACUCCAAGUUCCUUGAAGACCUAGAGAUGCUUAGAAGUGCCCCUGCCGAGCAGGUACCAAGCUCUGUGGACGAAGUGAGCCCAGAUAACUCUCCGGAUGGGUUGGGUGGUUUCAAGUUUGGCGGGGACAGCAAUCCUUUGGAACAGCUUGGCUUGUUUAGGAAGGAUGACGAAGAGGAGGAAGAAGGCGAGCCUUUGAGCGUUCCACAGGAAAGUUUCAAGUUUGGUGGGGACAGCAAUCCACUGGAACAGCUUGGCUUGUUUAGGAAGGACGACGAAGUGGAGGAAGAAGGCGAGCCAUUGAGCGUUCCACAGGAAAUGAAUGAUGUGGAGCCUGAAGAGGGAGAAAUAGAUUAGGCCCUCAAUGGAUGGACUAAUUUAGUGGAUAUCUAUGCAGAAACAAAAAUGAAAAAAAAAAAAGAAAUAGAAAAGAAAACGCUGGACACUUUGCAGCUGCUUCAGCUGUGAGAGAUCUGCAACUGUGAGCCAAGUAUAGCAGUCAACUUGUCCGUGAGAGUCGAGUUUCAAUGCAGGGUGAAUCUGGCUGCUACCCCUCAGAGGUGGACGAAAGGACUCAGAUGGUUGCAGAAGAAUAGUUCUGUUCUUGCUCUCAUGGAUGUAUAUAUAAAUGCAGUUUUGCCUUGAGCUUUUGGAGAAGUAUUGUUGCUCUUUAAGUUAAAUCCACAGCCUGAAGAAGAGAUGCUUUGGAAAGGCCGGUACGACGAUGGAGGAAAGAACAUUGCUUGCAUACAUCCUCUGCUUUGGAUUGUCGAGCCGAGUCUAUUGGACUGGAGACUUGCAGUGUACUGGAGAGAAUGACUUGGUUUUGUGAUGUAAGAGUUAGGCGGAGAGUGAAUGUCUUAUGUAAAAAGUAAUUUCGUAGUGUUUGGUUCAAUAGAAUAACCUUUUUCUUUUUUGUUUGUGCGGCAACAGCAGAAGCAGCUAUACUAAUUACUGACUGAAGCAAAAGUAAACCUUGUCAACAGUAACCAGUUCUCGAUCGAACAAUAGCUGCUAUCACAAAAUCGCAAUGGAUGCUCGACGAGUCUCCCGCCACUGUUCUA